UGGUGCCCCGUGUCCCGUGCGGGCCUCCGUACUCGGGCUAGCAGAGCCUUUCGCUUCGGGAGAGCUGGUGACGCGGCGCGGGCUGGAUGGCUGGAGACGCUGGGCUGGUCUCGAACUCCUGACCUCGGGUGAUCCACCCACGUCAGCCUCCCUACGUAUUGGGAUUACAGAUGUGAACCACCACACCUGGCCUACCGUUCCUUGACGUCAAGCUUAGCUGUGAGACUUCCAAAUGGUAAUGUAAAGUAGCAUGCUGUCAUGUGGCCCGUUCAGGCAGAAGCUUUAACAGGUGUUCUGUGGUUUAGUCCCUCCCUUUCUGCCCCCAGCAUGAACACAGCAUGUGUACAGUGAGAGCUGGUUUUUCACCCUAGAUCCUGUAACAAAGGCACGUGAAGUACAGCCGUCAGCAAGAAGUAAGCCAUUGUGAUUUCGCGUCACUGAGACUUCGGGAUCCUUUGAACGCUUACAAGUACUAAGAAUGGAUGAAGGGGAUUGUAGUAAGGAAGACCACCUUCCCGGAGCUGGGCAAGGCUGCAGUACUGCCUCUCAUCAGGUCCAGGAGGAUUCAGCAGGCUGAUGAGGAGGAACACAGGGCAUCCGUGUUGGUGGAUGUAUGGCCUUCCUGGCUCCCCUGGGACGGGAGGAAGGUAUCGAGAACCUUCCCUGCGAACUUCAGAGGAACUUCCAGCUGAUGCGAGAGCUGGACCAGAGGACAGAAGAUAAGAAAGCAGAGAUUGACAUCUUGGCUGCAGAGUACAUCUCCACGGUGAAGACGCUAUCUCCAGACCAGCGCGUGGAGCGCCUGCAGAAGAUCCAGAAUGCCUAUAGCAAGUGCAAAGAAUAUAGCGACGACAAAGUGCAGCUGGCCAUGCAGACCUAUGAGAUGGUGGAUAAACACAUUCGAAGGCUUGACGCAGACCUGGCGCGCUUUGAGGCAGAUCUGAAGGACAAGAUGGAGGGCAGUGAUUUUGAAAGCUCCGGAGGGCGAGGGUUAAAAAAAGGCCGGGGUCAGAAAGAAAAAAGGGGGUCCCGGGGCCGAGGCAGGAGGACAUCAGAGGAAGAUACACCAAAGAAAAAGAAGCAUAAAGGAGGGUCUGAGUUCGCUGACACCAUCCUGUCCGUGCACCCCUCCGACGUGCUGGACAUGCCGGUGGACCCAAACGAACCCACGUACUGCCUGUGCCACCAGGUCUCCUACGGGGAGAUGAUCGGCUGUGACAAUCCAGAUUGUCCAAUUGAGUGGUUUCACUUUGCCUGCGUGGACCUUACCACGAAACCCAAAGGAAAAUGGUUCUGUCCACGGUGUGUCCAGGAAAAGAGGAAGAAGAAGUAGGAGGAGCUGUGUGCCCAGAUCCCAGGAGCAAGUUAAUCUCGUCCUUCAUUCGUGUUGCAAUAUUUCCCUUCAUUUUAAAACUACCUUGUUCGGUUGAUACUUAGUAACUCCGUGGCCAGUUGAAAUUCUGGAUGUUUCCUAGAACAAGAACCCAUCAAACCCCGUUCGCACAGAAGGGCGACCUUGCAGGGACUCGCCGCGUUGAUGUUAGCGUGGCUUUUACAGGACUCCCCCGCGCAUCAGCAGGGAGCCCCAGCGGACGUGGCGGGUGCUGGUGCGCCCGGGCUGCCCGGCCAGGCGUGCGGGCUGCGGGGACAUGGUAACCUGGUCCACGGCCGCCGCUUUGCAGCGCGCGGCGCCACCUCGCGUAGCUUUCGUGUGGUUUUCUAGGACUGUUUGGUACAGCCCAGGCUCCCUGCGCCCCAACACCGCUGGAGCACGCCUGCCACUGAGCCGCGCGAGUGGGGCCAGUGCCUCCUCCCACUCAGCGCCGCGCUGCUUGGGCGCCUCUGACGGCCCGGGAGGGCUGGGGGCCCUUCCCCGGAGGAAGUGGCCUCCGCUUCACUGUGCGCUGCCUUUUUAGCUUGGACUUCAGUCCUCCCUCGGGGGAGUCACCUCUGGAGUAAACGGCUCUUCAUUAGCUUGGAGUAGCUGUGGGUCCUGUGACCAGCACCCACCAGACCCUGGAACAGAGCUGGGCUGAUGUUCCGUUUCUCUGGGAAUUGGUGAUGUUUUUACUGUGAAGAUGAAAUUAUCCUAAUAGCAUGAAGAUCAUGGGUCUACGUGUGUCUGUGAAGUGAGUCCCGUCCGCCAGGAGCUGAUGAACCACGAAUGCCUCUGCUUGUGCAUUCCCAGGCCCGCAGCUCCCGUCCAAGGGGACUCUGAUGUGAAUUUGUUGUGAAUUUAUUGUGCCACAAUAGCAGUUCUGGAAUGAAGCUAGGAAACCCGAGUGUGCUUUUUGUUUAAUCAGCAUUCACCAAGCUGAGCUGGAGCCGUCUUUUCGGUGGUAGUUGGGGAAGGCUGUGCAGAUUUGCUCUGCUGUGAUGCGUUGGUGACGGUGCCUAGCCUGCGGUUCCCGACAGCAUCAGCAUCGCAGGCCCUGGGAAAUCCUCUCCUGUGCCUUUAGAGGAAGGAGAGGAUUCCUGAGGAAUGCAGGGGAGCCUGUUUCUGUCCUCACACCACAGAAAGAAACCUGAGGGAAAACUGAGACGUGAGGUUCCCAAUUUAAGCCUGGUUUUCUUCAUGGUGGGGGGCCAUUUGGAAUGACAGCCUCACUUCCUCCUGAUGGCUACAUCUAUAUCUUUUCCUCCUGUUUUUAAUGUUUCACUAGGGAGAGGAAAUAAAGCAGAAAGGAACGUGUGAA